UGCUGGCAAGGGGUAAGAGCUAAGAAAGGGAAGGGGUUGUGCUGGGACCUAGGGAUUGGUGACAGAGGCAGCAUGGGCGAGCAGGCCAAUGACUUCUCUGGGCUCCCAGCUCCACAGAGCAACAUUCCUGACAGCUGUGCUGCUACUGCUGCAAGUAAAAGGGGUGAAGACUCUGAAGGGCAGUGCGAGCCUGGAUGGUGACAAGAGUCCAAAAGAAAAAAUGUCUUCUAAAGACCAGGGUGAGCAGCAGUAUGAAGAACACUUUGUGGCUUCAUCGGUGGGUGAGCUGUGGCAGGUGGUAGAUAUGGCCCAGCAAGAAGACACAAACUCCAAAGCAUCAGCUAUCCGGGACCACCUCUUUGAUCUAGCCUUCUGCUUCAACCUGGCCAGCAUUGUGUUUUUUUUAUGAGAGACUUUGAGUUGGAGGCAAUAAUCUGGAUCCUUCAUGAGGACCUAGACAUCUAUCUCCCCUUUCUGAUUGCUUAUUGACCUCCUCUCCUAAAUGCCUUCUCAAAAUGCACACCCUGCUCCUUGUCUCUAAGAAGCAUCUGGCCUUAGGGUGUAUCAACAGAGCUUUCCUAACUCUUAUAGCCACCACCUAAUUGCCACCCCACCCAGAAUUUCAUGUCCCAGGGCCAAAGACACCAAACCUACACCCUUCUCUCUUAAGCUUUGUCUGAAACAGGGAGGAGACAGUGACAAUAAUGUAGAAAUUGCAAUAAAAUUCUA